CUCAAUAAAUAUUAUUAUAUAUUAAAUAUAUGUUCAGCAACCAGGGGGUCAGUGCCUGUGUGUUCUUUAUUAAUGCAGGAGAUGAAUGAGGUGGAUUUCUGGCUUCUCUUUACGGCUGUGAUCACUUUCCUGUACAAUGGGAGAUGAACAAGGCAGCUGACUGCCCGGCUGACCAGACCUCGAAUGACAACAAAGGAACUACUUCCGCCGGAAAUGCUCCUCCACUGAGGCUUUAGAUAGAAUGUUUUGUUUCGGGUGUUUUGUUUUGGGUUUUUUUUUAUUUUUUUUUACGAACGAAACUUUAUUUAAUAAUCGUAUGUUAACAUGGAUGACAGCGUCCCGUAUGCCACGCCCACUUGUCACUGAACAGCCAAUAGGAAUGUGCCAGGUUUGAUUGCGGAAGUCAACAAGCUCCCUGCUGACUGAUUCUGAUGUAACUUGGUGUAAGGAGCUCAGGUAGCCGUGUGCGGGUAUAAGGCGGAUAGAGUGCGAGCCCUGCGGGUUAGAGGCUUACUGAGUGACAGACUACUUGCAAGAGACACAAAAGAGCAUCAAGACAUCCACCUGUUGAGAAGAUGGCAGCAGCUGGCAUGUGUCUGGCCUUGGCCCUCCUCUCCAUCAUGCAACUGGCUCAGGUUCACUGCUGGAACCAGCAAGGUGGGUAUGGAGACAUGGCAGUGGAGGUGGUGGUGGUAAUACAAGAUGGGUAUUGAGACAUGGCAGGGGAGGUGGUGGUGGUAAUACAAGAUGGGUAUUGAGACAUGGCAGGGGAGGUGGUGGUGGUAACACAAUGUGGGUAUGCAGAUAUGGCGUGGUGGUGGUGCUAACAAUAAGGUUGGCAUGGAGACAUGGCAGGGAGGUGGUGGUAAAACAAGAUUGGCAUGGAGACAUGGCAGGGAGGUGGUGGUAACACAAGAUGGGCAUGGAGACAUGGCAGGGAGGUGGUGGUAACACCAGAUGGGCAUGGAGAUAUGGCAGGGAGGUGGUAACACAAGAUAGGCAUGAGGACUUGGUAUGGCAGAUGGUGGAAACACAAGGUGGGUAUGGAUAUAUGGCAGGGAGAUGGUGGAAACACAAGGUGGGUAUGGAUAUAUGGCAGGGAGAUGGUGGAAACACAAGGUGGGUAUGGAUAUAUGGCAGGGAGAUGGUGGAAACACAAGGUGGGUAUGGAUAUAUGGCAGGGAGAUGGUGGAAACACAAGGUGGGUAUGGACAUAUGGCAGGGAGAUGGUGGAAACACAAGGUGGAUAUGGACAUAUGGCAGGAAGGUGGUGAUAACACAAGGUGGGUAUGGACAUAUGGCAGGGAGGUGGUGGUAACACAAGCAGGGUAUGAAGGCGUGGCACGGAGGUGGUGGUGGUAAUACAAGGUCAUGGUGGCUCUUUAUAGGAAAUUGCUUGGCAGACUGUAAACACAUGUAUAGGUUAAAUAUUUAAUAUAUAGUUUAAUAAUUGUUUUUUGUUUUUAAUUCUUAACUUUGUUUUGCUUCACUGCCAAACCUUCCAUUAUUUCUAAUUGACAAAGAGGGAUGCUUUAAUUUUCAGGGUGUGAUAGGGGGCAGGCCUGUUCCGAGAAAUUGUAGAUGACUUACUAUAACCAAUUUUUACGAACUAUAAUAUAAUUUAGGAGAAGAAAAGCAUAUCGUAUUUACACAGACAGAUUUCUAAACACAUUCAUGUUGUUUAAAAACAUGUGACUGUGAGUAUUAAUGCUCUGGAGCUCUGUUAGACUCUAAGACACAUAAAUAAUAUGGAGCAUCGGGUGGGGGGGGUGACAUUAGGAUAGAAAAUAGUGACAGAGGGACACUUGGGAGGUAUGUUCACUGAUAUGUUCUUGGCAUAGUAGCAAAAGCUACUAUGUCCCCAAUAGUGUAAACAUAUUAAGGAUUACUCUUAUGUAACAGAUCCUCUAGCUUUGGCAUACAACAGUAUUUCCACACCACACGUUCAUUUAUCUUCAUGACAGUCUAAUUGAACUAAUUUCUGUCACAUAUAAAUAUAAUGAAAUCACAUAAUAGUGUAAUGUAAUAUUGUGUGAAAAGAUUGAUAAAUAGCCUAGAACUGGCCAAGGCGUUCAUUUGUGGAGAGACUCAGAAAUGUUUAGAGAGAGGUAUAAUGUUUUAUACAUGUAUAAUCUGUGCUAUAAACCUUUUAAGCUUCAUUGGUUAAAUAUUAUCACUUUAUGAGUAAUGAUGCAUAGCACAUACAUUGAUUAGUUUGCUUGUUGAUGUGACCACAUACCAAUGUACGUUUCAUUGCAGACCGAGUGCUGCUGAGAGAUAUUCAGGCGAUCACUUUGUAUUCAGACCGAUACACAAAUAGCCGCCGCACAUCCCCUGUACCACAGCUGAAAUGCACUGGUGGCAGUGCUGGCUGCAAGGUGAUGCCACAGGUGGUACAGUGUCAUAACAGAGGUUGGGAUGGCAUUGACGUUCAGGUAACUUUUUCUUUUUCUAUUUCUGUACUAUUUGUUAAGAUUGUAUAUAUUGGUAUGAAGUGAGGGCACAAUAAUCUAUUGGCAUGACAGAAUUCCAUUUUCCAGAUAACAUAUCUUGCAUGAAUUAUUAUUUUGUAUAUUGCUGUCAUUAUUCAAUCACUUGUGAAUUUCACAUGGCAUUAAAGAGGCACUCUGUACCAGGCUGUCAAUCCGACAACUGGUCCUGUUACUUCCUGGUUUGGUUAGCUUUCAAGAGGCAGCAAUUGCUCAGUGCACUUGCUUUGCAAAGACUUCUCAUUGAGCUGCAUUGGGAAGUCUGUGAUUAGAUUGCUACAGAAAAUCUGGGGUUGUUUAGAAAUGGAGGAAUUGCAGAGGAAGCAGACAAGAGAACUUCAGCUUUUGCAAGUUGUUUUUAGAUUUUACGCCAAUGAAAAAAUACAUAAAUAAAUACAUGUUUUCAGUUGGAUUAUAUAUACUAAACGGUUUUUGUUUUUUAUUAUUUUAGUUUUUUUUGGCAGUGGAGUGUCCCUUUAACUCUACACUAUAGUCAUAUAACCUCUCGUUAAUAAGGGGGUGUGUGUACAAGGGGUAUAGAGUGUGUGAGUGUAGGGGUGUAGUGUGUCUUUAUAGGGUUUAGAGCUUGUGAAUGCAAGGAGUGUACAGUAUAUUUAUGAGGUAUAGAGUUUGUGUACUGUGUGUGCGAGUGCAGUGGGUGUACCAGGGCCGGACUGGCCCACCGGGAUACCGGGAAAUUUCCUGGUGGGCUGGCAUACUAGCAGCUAGUGCGCACCGGCCCGCGGGCCGCAAGGCACAAUUAAAAGGUGGCCGGCAGGAGGUAGCGUGGCCAAGCUGGGGGGGACUAAUGGGACAAAUGGAGAGCUGGGGGGGCUAAUGGGACACAGGGAGAGCUGGGGGGGGGCUAAUGGGACACAUGGAAGACUAGAGAGGAUCUAAUGGGACACAUGGAAGACUGGAGAGGGUCGAAUGAGACACAUGGAGGGGCUGGAGAGUAAAAAGACACAUGGGGAGAAAGAGACAGAUGGGUUGGGAAAGGGGAACAGGAGACACACAGAGGAGCUGAGGAAGACACACAGAGGGACUGGGAAAGGGGAGAAUGAGACACACAGAGGAGCUGUGGGGAAAGAUACACAUAGAGGUGCUGGGACCUGGGAAAGAGACUCACAGAAGGACUCGGGAAAGGGAGAAAGAAACAAUGGGGCUGGGGCUAAGAGACACAUUAAAGGGGCUUGGGGGAGAAAGACACAAACAAAAUGCAUCUUCACUUGUGUCUCCUGCUCUCCCUGAAACUCAGAGUCAACCGGUGAGAGAAAGACGUUGUAUUAAAGGGACACUAUAGCCAACAGUUUAGUGUAGUGGUUCUGGUGUCUAUUGCCUGUCUCUGUAGGCUGAGCACUGUAAAUGCUACCUUUUCAGAAAAAAGGCAAUGUCUAUAUUACAGCCUAGGCACAUCUCUAGUGACAGUCACUCAGAUGGCCACUAGAGAUGCUUCCUAGUCCAUUGCUGCACACUCUGUAUGGAGGCACUGAUCGCUCCCCAUAGAGAUCCAAUGAGGCGAUGCUGAUUGGUACGGUGAAGCGCAGCAUUUUGUCACACGAGCAAUAGCCCCCCAAUGCUUUCCUAUGGGAACUGACUUGGCAUUGACUGAAAUUUAUCCAGUUGUAAGCCAAAGUGAAGAGUACACUCUUUUUACUUUAAAAAAAAAAAAAAAGAUAUCAUUUUUUUUUUUUUUUUUAACUGCUGUGCAAUAGCAUACAUUCACAAUUUCAGUCCAAAUGACCAAACUUUUAUUAAUAUAUCAGGAAAAUGGACUGAAACAUUGAUUAUAUGCAAAUGCACGUCUGCUUACAAUAAAUCCGCUCUUUUGUUUAUUUUGAAGCCAUAUAAGUGCUUUCUUUCACGUUUGAGGGAUAGUUUUCAGUUUUAAGGUUUUUUGUUUUUCCGCUCCCAUAUCUGCACACUAUGCUGGCGUGAUGCAUUAUGGGGCUGGUAAAGAUUUGUUUUUUUCCAGGGCUACUUGUAGUGUGUGUUUAUGUAAGUGGGUAUAGUGGGUGUAUAUAAGGGUCUAUAUAAAGGGGUGUACUGUGUGUGUGUGUAUAUAAAGGGGUUUAGUGGGUGUAGAUAAAGGGUGCACUGUGUGGGUAUAAGGAGGUGUAGUGGGUAUAAAGGUUUAUAUAAAGGGGUGUACAUAAGGGUGUGUGUGGGUGUAUAUAAGAAUGUAUGUAAAGGGGUGUACCGCGUAUAUAAGUGAGUGUAGUGUUUGUAGAUUCAGGGGGUUGUACUGUGUGUGUGUGUGUGUACAUAAGGGGGUCUAGUGUGUGUCUAUAUUAGGUAGUUUUUGUAGAUGCAGGGGGUGUACUGCAUGUAUAUAAGGGGGUGUAGUGGAUGUAUACAAAGGGGAGGUAGUGUGUGUAUAUAAAUGGGUGUACUGUGUGUAUAUAAGGGGAUGUAGUGUGUGUGUGUAUAGGGGGUAGGAUAGUGGCUUAAUCAUAUAUAUAUAUAUAUAUAUAUAUAUAUAUAUAUAUAUAUAAUAUACAUACAUACACACUCUCCCUCCCCCUCCCCCUAUUACCUUGCAGGGGAGAGGGAGCAUGCAGAUCCCUGGUGGUCCAGUGAGAUUGGUACGCCGCACACAGAUCCCUGGUGGGCCAGCCCUCCAUUUAUUUGGUCUGUACCUCCGCAUGGUACAGACCAUUUCUACCUCUCGCGAGCGCCAGAAUUUCAGAGCGGCGGUCACGAGAAGACAGGCUGCCCGGCACGCACAGAGCGUGUCCGAGUCAUUUCUCCCACUCCAGCCUGCGAAUCUCACCUUCAACCCCUGAAGGGACUGUCUUCCCUGUAAGGGCCGGUGCUACCCUGCCGGACUCGGCCUGUGGACAUCGUGGCCCACUGGGCAUUUGCCUGGUUUCCUUGAUGGCCAGUCCGGGCCUGGGAUCAAUGGAAAAUAGAGACUCUGAUCCCAAAGCUUAAUAAUUGUGUAACAUUAGGAUGGGAAAUCAUUAUAGCAAAUUAAUUGACCAGGAGGUUUAUUGUUAGGUUUCUAUAGUCUUCAAGUAUGGCCUGGCCCAUAGAUGUUAGUUGGUAUUAUUGGAAGAAUGACAGACAGAAUAAAUCCUACUUGAAAUCAGACCUGUAUGCCAAAUUUUAAUACUUAGAGCUGAAAAGUUGAAAUUGCCUACUCUCUUUGUUUCUCCAGACCUUGUUUAGAACCAAAUGCUCAAAAUACAAAUAAGAGCUCCUAUCACUUCAUACCACUACAUUAGUUUAAUUUUAUCAACUACAAUGAACACAUUUUUUUUAAAUCUUUUUACUCAGAAUGGAAAGAGGUGUGCCUUUUUGCAACUGUGUAUUUUUUAGAGUUUAUUAAACAUAUUAAAGGGACACCAAAACAACUUUAGCUUAAUGAAGCAAUUUUUGUGUAUAGAUCAUGCCACUGAAGUGUCACUGCUAAUUUACUGCCAUUUGGGAGUUAAAUCACUUCUGGUUCAGCUUAUGCAGCCUUAGCCACACCUACCCCGGCAGUGACUGACACAGCCUGCAUUGAAAUUAAUAAAUUGUUUAACUUUGAAUCAAAUGCAAAUGUCUUUCAAUGUUUUUAUCUCUUGCCCUGUAAUUUGAACUUUAAAGGAGGCUCCUGCCGGGUCUAUCAAACUAUUAACCGGAGAUAAGAAAUUAUAAAUUAAACAGAAUUUGUAAUAAAGAGAGUAUAAACAUUAUAUGACUUUUUACAGGAAGUGUUUAAGAUGGCUGUGUGAGUCACAUGCAGGGAGGUAUGACUAGAGCUAUAUAAACAACGUGAUUUAACUUUCUGACUUCGUGUUCCAUAUGCGUGGUAAUUUAUGGAGACUCAAUUUUAAUCAUGUUUUCAUCAAUAGAAUGCAUGUUCAUCACUGUAGGAUCUGAUCGCACCAAGGAUAUAGAUGAUCACAUAUUUGAUCCAGUAUGUCUGAAUCAAACAAUAUCCUGUUUCCUAUGGUUGCUUUGCCGCCUUUGAGCUCUGGGUCCCUCUUUCUUCAUCCUUCGAACUUUUGCAUUGCUUGGUGCUGUAUUGACAUAGCUAUUACUGAUCUUGGUUUAUACUUGCCUUCCUAUUUUCUGCUGCCCUUGCUAACCCUUGGCUUUUUUUUUUUUUUUUCUUGUCAUGUUUCUGGUGCUUUUAUUUACUCCUUGUACCUGGCAAUUUAAUUGAUAAAUCUGCCAAAUGUUAAAGAUAAAGGUCACUGAAAUGCAUGUUUAAUUGCCAUUUGCGAGUGAAAUUGUAGCCCUGGCAAGUAGAAUUUCACCCCUAGUGAGUUUGCUAUGGACUUGUAGCAUAGGACUUAAAAUUGAAAACCUGACCCCUGCCUUUUUGUUAUUCUCAGGCGGGGAGCAUUUUUUCCCCAGCAUCCUUCACUAGGGACUAUCUCUCAUCAUCCACUUCUCUUUAAACUACCUCCUCCCUUGCAGCCACUUGUGGCCAGAGUACAAGUGGAAAUGUUACAUAGAAAGCUAUUUUUAUCCCAGCUUGCACUAAAAUGGCCUGGGAUGUCUGAAAGUUUAAAGGAGAACUAUGGUGCCAGGAAAACAAACUAAUUUUUCUGGCACUAUAGGAUCAUUAGGGCACCCCCUCCCGCUGGGCUGAAGGGGUUGAAACCCUUUUCAGCCACUUACUCGUCAGCGAGUUCUCAUUGUGAUUUUUACAGUAAGAAUCACGGAAGCGCCUCUAGCACUGUCAGUGAGACAGCCACUGGAGGCUGGAUUAAUCCUCAGUGAAACAUAGAAGUUUCUCUGAAACUGCUAUGUUUUCAGCUGCAGGGUUAAAACUAGAGGGACCUGGCACCCAGACCACUUCAUUGAGCUGAUGUGAUCUGGGUGCCUGUAGUGGUCCUUUAAGAAUCUUUCUUGUUACUAUUAUUCUUUAUUUUUACAUUUCUAGUUUUCUGAUGUAUAUUGACAAUUAUAGCUAUGAUAUCAUAAUAAAUGUGUUACUAACUUUUUGCUUACCUAGUAAACAUAAUUUGCUGUUUGUUUUUAACUCAAUGUUUAUUGUAAAUUGUAAGAGAUCUCAUGAAAAUCUGCAUAUUUCACUGGUACAAAUGUGAAAAAGAGAGAUUGGAAGCAGCUCGAACUUCCCAAACUUCUGAGUCUCUACCUCCUGGUCGUAGAUGAGAAUAAAUAUGACAAUGGCGGGAAACAGCGCUUGCAACUGAAGUCCUUCGUUCCAAUGGAGCAAUAUGAAAAAUAGAAGGGACACAACCCAAAUAUAGUGUAUUAUUUUAGGGUAUCAAAUAUGGCAAAUAAAAAAAAGAUAGCAAUUACACUUUUCUGGAUCAGCUCCAGAUCACUGCGCCUGGACUUUCCAAUCGCUGUCUGUGGAUAUGUAGAUGGUCCUGGUCCUAUAUGAGGAGGUAUGUGGUUGGUGGGAAAUUUUUGGGUAUCACUGGUAACCUACAGAAAUGGAAAACAAAUGGUGAUAACUUUUUUUGUGUUUACUGUAUUACAAAUAUACGAUGAAAAAUGAAAGUAGCCAAUAAGUCAUCUAUUAUAAAUAAUGUUUACCUUCUUACUCCCCAGAGCAGACAAUUCUGUGGACGUUUGCAGGGAAAAUAAUCAUGUUUCUUUUAACUCUUAGUGGGAAUGCAAGGUAGACAUGGACAACUCUUACAGAUUUGGAAAAGUGGAAGUAAACUGUGAGGGUUUUGACUACCCUGAGGAUCCCUAUGUACUCAGUGGCUCCUGUGGUUUGGAGUACACUCUAGAGUACACUGAGGAAGGCUGGAAGAGAUCUAAUGAUGGUAGUUACAGUGCUGGUGGACACGGAUCUGGCUUUUUCCAAGGGCAUUCGAAAAGCUGGAAUUCUCCCUCAUCUAGUGAUGGCAGCAGUGCCGUCGUCAUUGUUGUGAUUUUGGUGCUUGCUUAUGGAGUGUAUAAAUUAUUCCUUAGUGGGCCUGCAAUGCCGCAACAGCCUCAGCCUGAUGAGUAUGGAUAUGGUCACCAAACCCAUGCAACAGCCCCUCCACCUCCUGGUUACAGCCCUCCUCCUCCAGGAUUCAAGUCCGACUUCACAGGUUUGCAAAGCCCUUCUUUUUUUUAACUCCUACUUGCUUUUAGUAUUAUAACAAUUGUACAAAGGAGAUGCAUCCUGAAUUUCCUCACUGAGAGGAAGCAGUAUGAUAUAUAUAUAUACUCUGCGAGCUUUGGUGUGGAAAGGUAGUGAGGAAACCGAUCUCUUUAUAUAGCUCUAUACAUAAAGAAAAAAAAAAGAGCAAACCAUUUAUUUCUAAAUAUGAGACCAUAUUAAACAAAUAACACAUAGAUUGAAAACUUUUAGGACAUGACUUCACAAUUUUCAGAAUUGAAAAAAAUCUAUAGCACCAAUUAUUAUAGUAUAGUAUAUGUAGUGUAGAGUUAUGCUGAUUAGUAUAGCUUAAAGGGACACUGUAGGCACCCAGACCACUUCAGCUAAGUGAAGUAAUGUUUACAUUGCAGCUCCAAGUCUGCCCUCUGUGGCUGUUUACCAGAGAGCCACUGGGGGUGCUUCCAGAAUUGUAACGGAUUUUGGUCAUUUAUCUGACGCUGGACGUCCUCACACUCUGCAUGAGGACCUCAAGCGUCAGAUUGUUUUCCCCAUAGGAAAGCAUUUAGAAUGCGCAUUAGACCCCGCUCAACGUGGGACUGAGGGGGCCGGGCUUUGACCCAGCGCUAAGGGACAUUGGCGCUGGGAUAAGGUAAGUAAAUAAAGGGUUUUUAAACUCUUUAUUUACCGGGGAGGGGGAGGCAGAGGCAUCGGUAGAUGCAACACAUAUUUAUAUUUUUAUAUAUAGAUUAUUUAUUUAUAUAGCGCCAAUAAAUUAUGUAGCGCUUUACAAUGGGUGAACUAACAAACAUGUAAUUGUAACCAGACAAGUUUGAUGCACAGAAACAGAGGGAUUGAGGGCCCUGCUCACUGAGCUUACAUGCUAGAGGGAGUGGAGUAAUGUGGCACAAAAGGUAAGGGUAGUAUUAGAGAAGUAGAUUGGUAGAAGGGUUUUGGAGCUAUUAACAGUUUAAUUGAUAUGCUUCUGUGAAAAAGUGAGUUUUUAAUGAUUAUUUUUUUUAUUUUUUUAAGGAGUGGAGACUCUGUAAAAAUAUAUAAGAUCUCUAUAUGUAAUGCACUGAUUUAGCUCUUAAAUAAAAAUAAAAGAACAAAUACACUUUAUUUAAAAAUGUUGAGUAUGACUUCCAUUAUCAUCUAUAGUUAUAAUUAUUAGUUGUAUAAUUAUCUGCUUAGGAAAUUACAUUUGAUCUAUUUUAGCGCGGCCAUCAGAAAACCAGGCAAAAUCAAUAGAAUAUUGCUGAAUGUGUUCAGUCUCUGAGAAAAAAAAAAAAUCACAUCUCUAGGGCCAGCUUCUAGAGAACAGAUUGUGGGAGCAAUGACCCACCAAGCUUACACCCUAUUUCAAUUGCAACACUAGUCAGAUCAGCCUAGAGAACACCAAAAUAGAAUCGGGAAUAAUAAAUGCGAUACUAUAACGAUCCUUUGGGAACGGGGAAUCUCACUGCAUUGAACUGCAGUUUUUGCAGUAUGGUAUCCAGAGAAUGCCAAUAAGCAGUGUGUGUUAUGAGGUAUGAAAUCUUGUUACUUGGCACGUAGCAGAGAAAUGACAAGGAUUUAAUCAGAGAAAACAUUAUAGAAAAUGUUGGUUACAAUAAAAAUGCCUUAUAGGUCUUAUGGCAAGAUACCAAUGAAUGAUAAAAGAAAGUUUUGUGUAUAUAUUCCAGGUAUUUUGAUUUUCCUUUCUCCCCUCUUUGUUCUGGGUUCAGUCUUUUAUAACAAGACCUUGUCCUUCUCUCCAAUGGGGCAAUUUGGGCGAGUACGUAUUACCAAAUGUCCAAAGAAUGGACAUCCGGUACAAUGUAAUAUUGCCACCUAUAUAUAAAUGUGUAUUUGAAAUUCUAAACAAUGACCACUUCAGGGUGCUCUAACAUUAUAAUGCAGUGGUAUGAUUAAUAAAUCCUUUAAUAGCUUGUUUACAUGAUACAGGAAGUCUGAUGCAAUUGUUGUUUAGGGAUUAUCGGGCCUAGGUUAGAACUGAGAAAGCGUUCUGUUCUCAGCAAUAAUCACUGGGGGAAAAUAAAAACCCACAAAGUUUUAAAGAGCAUAAAACAUAUCACAGAGUCAUCAACCUAUUGUACCUGUAACAUUUUGUAAUUUUCUUAUUUAUUGUUACAUUUUCCCUGCUUAUAAAAUUUGUAAAGUGUUGCAGAAUAAAUUGGAUCUGUAUAAAAGCAAAUAAUAAAUUAGUAUAUGUAUAUUAAAAUAUAGUACUACAGAUUUCAAAAUCUGUUCUAAUUGUUUUAAUUAUUAUUGGUUAUGUUUUUGGUUUUUUUUUUCUACUUAAAAUACUUGACAGGAACACCUAGCUCUAUGUACCUAACCAGUCCUGUUGAAAAAGGGAGAAGAGUUGUUUACAUACAAUUUUAUUUUUUCACAAAAACCAAGCAUCUGGCAUCAAAGAGAAUAAUUAUGUAUUUUUGCUACUGUCUGAUUUUUGCCUGGGUGGUCUCUUUAGAAAACACAGCGUAUAAUAUGUGUGCCUACCCUAAAUGAAAGAGUAAUAUUAAAACUGAGCAAUGUAAUGGCAAAAAGACCAAAUGGCUUUUCCCCAGUGAUGUGAAAAGAACUUGCACCUUAAAGACGUUAAUAUCGAUUGAUGUGUUCCAUUUUUUUUAAACUAUUUUUUCUUUUUCUGCAUUUAGGGUCUUCAGCAGGUUACGGUGGUUUAGGUGGCACUUCUACAUUUGGCAGCGGUGGCACCCAAGGGCCAGGUUUUUGGACUGGCUUAGGAACUGGCGGUGUACUUGGAUACUUGUUUGGCAAUCGGAGGUGAGAAAUUACUGAGCUUUGUACGCUUAAUGAAAAACUGAUUGAUUUUUUUUCACAUUUGGCACUCUGUUGAAGGAAUUGUCCUUUACAUCCUGUUGAAACAGGGAGAAUAGUUAAGUUUACACACGAGUUUUUUUUGCAAUUUAUAAAAAACAAAGUAACUGGCAUGAAGCAGAAAAAUAUGCAUCUUGCACCUUAGAUGCUGCCAGACUUUUUCAUUUGGCACUCUACUAAAGGGAUUGUCUGGAAAUUAGACAAGAUAGUUGUACAUAUAGUCAUGUACACAGCUAUAGUCAUGUAUACAGCUUGUGGUUCAGUCUGAUAUCUAGAGUGUGUGCUUUAGUUACUAGCCACCUCAAAUUGAUACAACGCAUGGCUUUAAUGUCAUGGGCUUGGCUGUGUGUGUGCGCUCAUCCACUCGCAUCUCUUUUAGGCAGUCAUAUUUUAGUUUUUCUGUGAUAAGUGAUCGCAAACUCGCAGAAUUUGUGUCGAAAUCUGCCUUUCAGCCCCACCACCCCCAUGCCCUUCACUUCUGCCAAAUCCCCCAUGCCCUUCACCACUGCCAAAUCUGAGCUCUAUGUAUUUUCAUUUGUUUCAAACCCUGCACAUUGUGUCAAUGUGAAGGUGGGCCUGACUAACAGAUUCCUAAGCUCUCUACAAAGUGCUGAUUCACUGAUCUGCACAUUAACCCGUGCAAUCUUUCUACCGGGCUGUGCCACAUGACUGCCUGAUGAGCAGCAGAGCUAAGCGAUUCUCUGAUCUAUGCGGUCAGAAUCCCUCAACCAAUUUUCAUUCCAUUGGCACAGAAUUAUAUCCUGUGAAAUGACUGACAUGGAGUACUGUCAUGGUUACUAGACUUUGACCAAGAUCUAUGCAUUUGCUGGCUAUUCUGUUAGCACAAUGAAUAGUUGAAAUUAGAAGAUAGAACAGUGCUCUCUAUAAGCUAGUCCUAAGGGUCGAAAAAACAAGACUGAAGGGAAAGUCUAAAUCCACAGUCUCGUGGGACAAAAUUUAUAAAAAUGAAAAAAUACUAAUUUUGAGAGAACAUCCCAUUUUAAAGAGCAUGGAAUCAAGCCUCAAAACUGAUUACCCACAUAUGGGAUCCAUACAAACGGUAUGAAAUAUUUUUAAUAAAAAUAAAUCUUUAUUAGAGAAAACAAAUACGCAAAUAAUAAGUGAAACACUCAGUGACUAUCUCCUAAAUUGCCUGCUAGCUUCCUUACAUAGGGAUAAAUAUAACAAAGUAUGAUACCACUUAUAUAACCCUGUAAAUUCAAGUCAGUGGUUACAAUCUAGUAGAGAAAUGGGAGUUAACUUUGUUUGAAAACAAUUGAUACAAGUUAUCUGGAAGGUAGUCAUUGUAUUACGAAGUAGCAUUAUAUAAAUACUUUCAGAAUACAGCUUGAGUAGAGAUAUGAACCAUAAGGACACAUGACAUGUGUGACAUGUCAUGAUUCCCUUUUAUUCCAAAAGUUUGGUCCUUAAGGGGUUAAAGGAUCACUAUAGUGUCAGGAAAACAAAGCAGUUUUCCUGACACUAUAGUGCCCUGAGGGAGCCCUCACCCUCAGGGUUCCCCUCCCGUGGCACUGAAGGGGUUAAAACCCCUUCAGUUACUUACCUUAUUCCAGCGCAGUGCUCCCUCGGCACUGUUAACCUCUCCUCCCCCGCCGACAUCAGCGGAGCCGAAUGCGCAUGCGCAGCAAGUGCCGCACGCACAUUCAAGCUGUCAAUAGGAAAGCAUUUCUCAAUGCUUUCCUAUGGACGCUCUGUGCGAUGGAGGCAUAAUAUGCCUCCAGCGUCACAGAUGCGCCUCUAGUGGCUGUCCGGAUACAGCCACUAGAGGCUGGCUUAACCCCAAAUGUAAACAUAGCAGUUUCUCUGAAACUGCUAUGUUUGCAUCUGAAGGAUUAAAACCUGAGGGACCUGGCACCCAGACCACUUCAUUGAGCUGAAGUGGUCUGGCUGACUAGUGUCCCUUUAAAUAUUAGACAAAAUAAAAGUAGCGUUUGCACAGAGAAGUGGGGUACAUGAAAGGGAUAGGAAGGUAUAAACUCCUAAUAGAAUUCAACCCCCACCUUAUCACAGAUCACACACCCUCUCAAUAUCUUGCAAUAAAUUGCUUAGAGCAGGGGUCCUCAAACUCUGGCCUCCCAGAUGUUGCUGAACUACAACUCCCAUGAUUCUCUGGCUAUCUAUGUAGUUCAAAGAAUCAUGGGAGUUAUAGUUCAGCAACAUCUGGGGGACCGGAGUUUGAGGACCCCUGGCUUAGAGCAUAAUAGUGUACAACAGGUAAAAUAAAUGAGAUAGUAAUUGAAGAAAAGGAUCUGGGACUGUAUAGGUAGCUAGUGGGUCAUAGAAAAGUGUGUGUGUGUGUGUGUGUGUGUGUGUGUUUGUUUGUUUGUUCAAUCUAGACCCAAGCAUACCACAUAAGCAAAUCCCCAUUCAGAUCCCUUAACACCAAAGUAACAUCAGCCUACUAAAGGCUGCUCCCUUAGUCAAAUCAAGCAACUACCCUUCAGUACGUCCUGAUAACUAAACUAGCUGCUUCAAGGCAGCUCUAGGUAUGUAUUCACUGACUCCUCUAUUCCAGCAUACCAGGGACAAACGAGCAUCUCACUAGCUGUUUCCAUUGCUUUCUGAAAUACUGCAGCCUAGUAAAGAUGUGAGGGAGUAACUCCCCCCCCCUGGUUAGACUGAAGGCGGGUCUUAUGAAAAAUUAAGUACCUCCUGAGUAUCUGGCAGGCAUACUAAGGGGUCCCGGAGUUAAAAACUAAAGCAUCCUACCUGGCGCGUAUUUCGGUGCUAUACAGGCACCUUUGUCUAAGGUAAUCCCGUCGAGUCGAGCUUGCCGGUCAUUUGAAGGUUUUAGCUCCGCCCAUUGAAUGACGUGAUACAGCUAAUCAAACGAUGACACGUCAUCGGGGGUGUCGUUAGGCACCAUAGGGCAAUAUACACCCCUUUUAGACUUCAGAGUGUGCUUCCAAUUCAAUUAACCCCUACAGGGGAGACUGAAACCUAAAUUUACCCAUGAAUGUAGUUGCUCACAGGAUCCCAUCGAAAAUUGUAAUGGGGUAAUUGAUGAACCCCUCAAUGUGGGGGCUCCAAAUAAUCCACCCACAGUUGUAUGUAAUGACAAAGGAUUAUCUUGUACAAGAUAUAGAGCAUCCAUUUGUGCUUAUUCCUGAUGGGGAGACAAAACCAUACCAAUCAGAAUAAACCCAUAGAUAUGGGGACCUGCAAUCCCUAAUGUGGGACCCUAACUUGGUCAAUAUGUUCAUUAUGUACAUACAAUACAAAAAACAGAGCUCAUCUAUUUAACAUAAAGAAAGGAUAAGAUAUUGAUGUUUAGAUCAAAUAAAGUCUCUAAAUCACAACUAUUGGCUUCCUUACAAAAUUAAAGGAAUUAUGGCGUGUAUAGACGAAGUAAAAAUAUGCACAGGAAGAACAAAAAUGAAUUUGUUCUAAAUCACAACUUAGUCCUAAGGGUCCAGCAGUACUUGAUAUAAUUAAUAUUGACACAAACUCAGGUUUGUGAUUAAGCAGUGAGGUUUAAGGACACUAUGAAGUGAGGUAAUAUUUAUUAAUAUCUUGGUCGGUUACCAAUAAUUUGCCGGCCGCACGAUAUAGUCAUGCGGGCUUAUGAAAUUAUGUCCUAUAGCCUUAUCGAUAACGUGGUUGGUGCAAUGGCUUCAAGCUUUUGAAGCUCGGCCACUGCAUCGCUGGCCCGCACAAUAACUAACAUCUAAUAAGUAUUGUCCUUUUUGUGCGGAUUUUACACUGCACCAUUAAUAAAAUGCUUUGUGGCCAGCCCCAGCAACUACCACACAGAAGGGGCAAAUGUAGACCAGCCCAUGCAUGUGCAAACUUUGUCGGCUGUCUGGUGCCUUGUGUGGCUGCACAGCUCACACACCCUUAAGGCCGGCCCUGUAUGUGUGUGUCUGUUUGAGUGUGUGUGUGUGUGUGUGUGUCUGUGUACGUGAGGUAAAAUAAAAGUGGCAGUGAAGGGUGGCGAUGGGAGAGAAGGGGGUCACUUCAAAAAAAAAAAAAGGGGGGGGGGGAGAGGAAUAACCUUGUUUAAAAAUGGGAUAAUGCAACUCUACCAGAAAUAGAAGUGGACUGUCUUUAGAGAAGAGAGAUUGAUAAGGAGAGAAGGACACCUGGAGAGAGGUGAUAUGCAAUGGAAAGAAAGGGACAUGGGGAAAGGUGACAUAGAUGAGAAGAUGCAAGACAUGUCUGAGAAAAUGAAAGGAUGUGGGAAGAAGAAAAGAGCGUUUCUUAAUUUUGAUCUUUCAGCUGUAUAGUAAAAAGCUAACAAAUAUUGUACCCUUAUAUAUGGCAAUCCCAUAUAAGGAAACCAAAUUAGUGGGCCAUUUACUAAGCUGCUGAUAGAUCAAAAUUAAGAAAUCAGCUCAUGUCCUGUGUUUGUAAGUAUUACUAUUAUCAUUAGUAGAUUACAUUUUAGCCAUAUAGAUGAAUGAGGCGCUACAUCCAUGCAAAGACAUAGCUAUUGGAAAAGGGUUUCUGACUCCUGCUUUAAUCCAGCAUUUCUAAGUUUAAUAAAAUGUAUAGUAUCUUUUAAAUCCUCUCUCGCCCUACCCCCAGGGAUUUAAAAAAAAUAAUAAAUUUAAAAAAAUUAUAACUUUUAGGGAUUAUGAAUGUUGACCUUCAUAUAUAGUUAUGUGUCCAUCUCAUUUUAAAGAAAUGUAUUAACAGAUGUUUUAUUUCUUUUUCAUUACAUUUAGAACUCAACCUUACCAGUCUCCAUAUUUUAACAAUUGGUCUGGCCCUACCUAUUCUCAUGGCCCAAUGUAUGGAGCUUCUCAGCCAUUUCAAACACCACAGAGUUCAGGUGCAAGAACAACAUCAGGUAAGGAUUUUGUCUGUGCACAAAAACAUAGAACAUGUAACAUUAAAUAAGUCAUGUCUUGAACACAGUGGAGGCUGUUAAUAUUUCAAGUUGGUAGGGUGUCAGGAUUUGACUGUCCCCUCUCUGCAUAAAUGUUUUAAUCAUGAAUAGGAAGGUGUCUAUUUAACACUAUUGCCUCCAAAAUAUGUGGACUAUCCCAUAUAUAGGGAAUACACAAUAGUGAAAUAUAGGGCAUGUAAUACAGGGUUUAGCCACUAGAUGCCAUCAAAGAGGGGAAGAGCGUGUGUAAAUAUUUAUCAAAGAUGUAAGUUUACACACACAAAAAAAACAACUAAAAAUAAAACAGGGGGAAAAAGACAUUGUAUAGUUUUUGUUGAUUUUAUUUAACAAAAACUGGUGCUGCCCCAAUGGACAGACCUUAUUUGCAUGAACAAAAGUCACCAAAAACAGCAACCAAUAAGGAAACUAAUUCAUAUAUUUUGGGAGUUCUAUUUUUGACUUUACAGUCUUCCACUCCAAAUGGUCCUUCUUGGGUUUUCUAGGAGUUCAAACUAGUUUGAGUAUAUUAUCACAUCUUAAGUAACUAAUUUACCAUAUAAUCCAAUGUAAAAUAUAUAUAUAUAUUGAUACAAGAGAAUCUCCAGUAACAGAAUCUAGCAUGACUCUUAUCUCAUAUCUAUAUGUGUAUAUUUUAUGGGCACUUGCGCAGUCUGUACUGACAAUUCAUAAGAACCAAGAGUAUGAGAAAUUAAAAUCUUUGUUAUAGAAGUAGAGUGAAAAGGGGGGGAAAAAAUUGAGUUUGACUCCAAUCCAAACUUUAAUGAUUUACAUUUUCUGUAAGUGCAUUUCAAUGCUCCACAGUUCUAAAGCACGGAUACAUUUUGCACAUUAAAGAGGUUUCUAAAUAAGUGAAAAAAUUUGAGACAUUGAACACUCUUUACUUGCACUGUGCAGGACUGGUGAUUUAUUUUUAAGUUUCUCCCUCGAUCAUGAAUAUACCAUAAGAAAUAUAGUUCAGAAAAAUAAUUUGUAUUUUCGUACACAUUACUUAUUAUUCUUGUAAUAUUUAACCAACAGGGUUUGGAGGAACAAAGAGAAGAUAAAUAAGAAAAUGGACUUAACAGACGCUUUAUUGUCCACCUUUUUCCAAUACUUUAAAUGAACAGAAAAGUCUGGGAUGCAUCUGUUUCUACUAUGGGUAGUAUUGCUUAGUUCCAGAGGCUGUAACAAUGACACCAUGGGAAUGAGGCAGAUUUAUGUCUUACCAAUCAACACACAUUCACACUUAACCCCUUAUGUUUGACCUCAAAAUUCUUUUGUCCCUGUGGCAUGUUACAUUAAAAUACAGUCUGGCUACCCAGUCAUUACAUAUGAUUUAUCCUCUUAUAAACCACUCUAUACAUGGUACUGAACCACUUGGGAUUUUUGGAAAUGCAUAGACAUUGUAUGAACUGUCCAAACGGGCUCUGCCUGCUUUAGGAAUUUUACUGUUAACUUGUGUGUGCUUGUAUGCCUUUAAGGAUUUUAUUAGAGUAUAUAUUUGUAAGCAUUAUAGAUCUAAUGUAUAGAUAUGGAUACAUAUACUUUUUUUCCUCUUAAAAUAGAAGAAAUCGUUAUGUUGUUAUUGAGGACUACAGCUACACCUGAUUUUGUUUCUUUAUUCUUCUGCUAUUUGUAUAUAAAUUAGAGUAUAUGCUUAACUUCGAGAUUAAAUGUUGCUGACUACUGGUUUUAAAUAUGUAUUUCUACCCCUUUGAGAUUAAAUGUUGCAAAAACCAUGAAUGAUAAGUAAAGAUAUACAGUCAUAGAAACAUAGGCAUUGGUUUAAUUCUGUUGGAUAAGAUCUUCAAACAUUCAAUUGAUCGCAAUAUGUUGAAAAACUUUUCAAUUUAUUUAUCUACAAAACACCUAUAGACUUUGAAAUGUUUCUUCUGAUUUAUCUGCAGAAGUCACCAUUAAACAGGUUAUAAUCCUUUGAAAAGCUUAUCAACAGAAUUAAGAGUUAGUAAUAAUUAAUCCCAUUUUAAAGCUAUAUGUAAAGAGCCCAUUCUUUAUUAUAUCAUUCUGUAGACAUGUGUCAAUAUUUCAGUCCACCAGCAAGCACAACAAGUAUCUAGGCACUAUGUUUAAAGUGUUGUCCAAGUUUACCUGGUAAAAGCCAACAAAAUGCUUUUCUGUAUAUGCUAUAAACCUACUGUAGUAAACAGUAUAUACUACUUAAAAUCGAUCCAAACCAUUUUAAAUAACUUUCUCAAAUACAGUCAACUGAUGGGGUCACGAUACUUCAACAUUUUCUCUAAGAACAUACUUUUCUUCAUUUUUUUUUUUUUUACAUUUUUUAAACUCCUAGUCCUUUAUUUUUUGCUCAAUGGUAAAUCCGUAAUGUCCCAGCCCAUUUGCACUGUUAUGCCAAAAAACAAAUAUUCAUCCAAGGUUGGGCAGCUAUAUAUAAUCUUUACCCCACCUGAAUUACUAGAAGGUAGAGUGCAUUCUCUAUAUAUAGUAAGUUAGAAAUCAGCUACAUACAAACAUGGCUGUGCUUAAGGAACAUGUAUUCCUUAUACUAUAGUGAAGUAUUGCCCCCCUUCUCCUCCCCCUUUUAUUGGUUUAAAAAAGGUAAGAUUUACUUACCUUUUAUCCCUCAGCCACCCAGCCCCUUGGCUGAGAUAAUCAAUAUUGAUGAUUUCGGCCAAACCAAUGCUUCAUCUGAAACAUUGGCAGGCAAAUGUUCCCAAUGAAAAGCAUAGAUUGCUAUGCUUAAACAGGUCCAACUGUUAUUGCAGUGGAGGCAAUAUUUUAGAUUGCUAUGCUUAACCAGGUCCAACUGUUAUUGCAGUGGAAGCAAUAUUUUACAUUGCAAGGUUAAAAUAACAGGGGCACUGCAUCCAGACCACUUUAUCUCAAUGAAGUGAUCUGGGUGCAUUUAGUGUCUAUUUAGGCUGUGUGUGGGGCAGGCUCCUGCAUCUGCUGACAAAUGGCAGUGAUGAGCGACAGGAGCCUGUCAUGCAACUGACCGCUUUAGGCAGCAGUCCUUGUUAGCACUAUAUCUUCCCUCACCUGGCAGUGAUGUGCCAAUAAGGUAAGAGAAAGAGGAGAAAUGAUAUUGGGGAGAGACUAAAAAUGAGAAGUGAUGUGGAAAUGUGACUGGCAUUUUACCUUAUGUAAUACUAAACAUUUAAAAAGCUAACUAUGCAGAUAUAAAAGUUAGCAAGAAAUUGUUUAAAAAACAAAAAAAGGAAAUUUACAUUGCAUGUCUGAUAGAGCACGCCCAGUGCAUAUUAUUCAAAUUAAAUAAACACUGUACUGUAAAGGAUGACUGAAUGUGCAUGCUUAUGGCAUUUCUCUUUAAACAUUAGUAAUGUUUAAUGGGGUGAAGGAUUGUCAUUUUCAGAAAACUGACAGAUUCGCUCUCAGGGGUAUUUGCAUAUUUCACGAUUCACGAAGACCCUUGAAACUGACAGAUCUCAUAUGGGUCCAGUGGCCGUGAGGUGCAGGGAAGGUAAGUUUUACUAAUCCCAGCAUUUCCCUCGCAACCACGCAUGCAUGAGAGUACAACACUAAGGUAUAUGGAUGAUCCAGAGAGACCACAGAAUCCUACAUAAACAGAGCCUAAAUCCCACAGCAGUCAUUUGCCGCGGCUGCUGGAAUUUGACAAAUGGUGAUGGCAACCUUAUCUUUAUAAAAUACAAAAAAGUGACCGCUUCGCUUUAAAUCUGUUGUUUUCAUAUAAACUUCAACUAUAACAUAGUUGUGUGAAACUUAAGAUCUCUUUUUUUUUUUUUGCUGUGUGAAUAUUUAACAAACAUGUAACGCAUUAAAUGUAUGUUAAUGUUUUUAAGUAGAAAUGUUUCAUUUUUUUUUUUUUAAAUGGCUUUGGUUUUCAGUUAGUUCUGUGUUGUGAAAUAUUGUACCAGAAACUAAAAGCAUCAACACAUUAAACACUGUGUUGUGAAUUAAAAAGAAUACAACUAUAGCUGCACCAUGUAGCUGUCAACUUUGUUGUGGUGACAUUCCUAAUUGUGAUAGGAUUGUGUUAUGUGCUACUGCCUACAAAUGAUUAACAUUGUAAAUUUCACACACAGCUAUUUCUUCUUUUAAAUUCUUUCAAUACUGUUGUGUGUGGUGUGUUGUCUAGCUGAAGUUUAAAAGAAAAUAGUUUUCUCUUAAUAUAAUGUGUGCCUUAACCAUGGCAGUUUGGUUUGUAAUUGUUUAAAUUGUAAAAUUAAUUGAAUGGUUUUGCUCAUAAAGGUUUUCAAAAUCUGUCUAAA